CGUCCCUUUAAACCCCGCGUGUCCCGCGCCCGCGCCCCAUUCAUUCCGUCUUCUCGGGAGCCUCCUCCAACAAAACCUCCUCCUCAUCCUCCUCCUCAUCCUCCUCCUCCAAGCAGCAGCAGCGCCGCGGCCGCGAUUCUAGGGGAGGGAGGGGAGGACAGAAACCCCGCGGGCGAGAGAGGCCAUGGCUCAGGACGCGGCCACGUCGGAGCCGCCUGCCAAGAGGAUCUGUGUUCGAUCCCCGGGUCACCAGCACCACCACCACCACUACCAGCAGCAGCAGCAGAAGCAGCCGGAGUCGCUGCUGGACUUGAGCGCCAAGGCGGUUGCGCAGUGGUGGCCCUACGAGCAGGUGGAGGCUCGCUACAGCCGCGUGCCCGAGCCGGUGCAGAGGAGAAUCGUCUUCUGGUCGUUCCCGAGGAACGAGCGCGAGAUUCGCCUCUACUCCUCCAUGCUGUGCGGUAGCGAGGAGUCGGCAGGGGGCCCGGCGGGUGGCGGAGCAGCCGGGGGGGGCACGGCUGGAGCCGAGGACGCGGACGCAAGGCUCCCGUUCAGACGGGGUCUCCAGCUGCUGGAGCGCGGCUGCGUGGAGAGCGUACUGCAAGUGGGCUUCCACCUGAGCGGGACCGUGACGGACUCGGACCGGACUCUGCGCGUCGCGCUCAGCUUCGACCGCUGCAAGCUGACGUCGGUGAGCUGCGGCUGCGGCGAGCGUGGCAUCGUGUACUGCGCGCACGUCGCCGCGCUGGCGCUGCACCGCAUCCGGCGCGCCGAGCGAGUGCAGCUGCGCCUGCCCAUCUCGGAGACGCUGUCGCAGCUCAGCCGGGACCAGCUGCAGAAGCUGGCGCAGUACCUGAUCGCGGCGCACCACACAGAGGUGCUGCCCACCGCCCAGCGGCUCGCCGACGAGAUCCUGUCGUGCGAUUCGCAGAUCAACCAGCUCCACGGGGCCCCGGAUCCCACGGCGGGCGCCGCCAUCGACGAUGCCAACUGCUGGCACCUGGACGAGGAGCAGGUGCGCGAGCAGGUGCGGCACUUCCUGUCCCAGGGCGGGUACUUCUGCGCCGGCAAGCAGCUCACGUCCAUGUUCGCCAAGGUGCGGGAGAUGCUGAAGAUGCGUGACUGCAACGGCGCGCGGAUGCUGACGCUGAUGACGGAGCAGUUUAUGGCCGACCCUCGCCUCUCAGCGUGGCAGCACCAGGGCGUGGCCAAACUCGACAAGUUCCGUCAGCUGUGGGACGAACUGGGCUCGCUGUGGAUGUGCGUGGUGCUCAACCCGCACUGCCGCCCCUCGGAACGCGCCGGCUGGCUGCGUCUCCUGCGCCGCUGGGACGAGACGGAGUUCUGCCCCUCGGAGGACGGCAACCCCAGCGGGGACCUCCUGGAGCCGGUGGGGGCCUUGCCGGGCGUGCCCCUCACGGAUGGCGCUCGGCGACGGCGCACCGUCUUCGCCCGCGCCGUCGAGGCCGGGGAGCUGGACUGGCGGGACGCUCACCUCCAGAAGAUCAUCGCCGGGGACUACGAGACGUGUAACCAUGGUGACCCGCAGCAGCACCAGCAGCAGCAGCAGCAACAGACGCAGCAGCCCCAUCUGCUCGGAGCCCGAGGACGGCCGCUGUGGCAUGAGUACUUCCCGACGGCGUGCGCGCGCGUGGACGCGCUGCGGUCGCACGGCUACGCCACGGAGGCGCUGCGCCUCGCCGUGACCGUGGCGUCCACGCUGCUCUUCCAGCAGGAGAAGCAGCUGCGCGAGUACCAGCAGCAGCGCAAGGAGUCACUGCACAAGGAGAGCACGAGCGUCAUGAACCCCGAGGGGUGGGUGGGACACCCGCUCGACCCCGUGGGGACGCUGUACGACACGCUCACCGAGGCCUGCCGCUCGGGGGAUGAGCCGGGGGUCAGCGCCGACGGCUCCGCCUCUUCCAAGGCGCCGUCGUUCCACCACGUGCCGUUCCCCGGCGGGCGAGACGGCGAGUCGUACCUCACGCUGGCGCUGGAGGUGGCGCUGCUGGGCCUGGGGCAGCAGCGCUGCAUGCCACCGGGCUCCGCCGCGCAGCGCCUGGCGUGCAGGCACGAGGAGCAGCUCAUCGGACGCCUCGGGGAGCUCGCGCUGGACGAGCCCCUCGGGCGGGUCCUGCGACGCCAGGCGGAGCUGCAGCUCGACGGAGGCCCGUACAGUGGCCUGGGUAAGGUGGUCCACAGGGAGAGUGUGCCCAUGCACACCUACGCCAAGUUCCUCUUCUCUGCGCUACUGCCAUGGGACGCCGAGCUCGCCUACUCCGUUGGCUUCCAGGCCAUGAGGUUCCCGGCGCUGCUGUCCGCCCGCGACUCCAGCCCCCCUCCGCUGCUGCCCACGUGGCCCCUCCCCUGGGCCGUGCUCGACCACCUGGAGACGCAGCAGUGCGAGCUCGCGUCCACCAUGCUCACCUCGGCCAAGGGCGACAUGCUGCGCGUGAGGAUGGUGCUGCGGGCCAUCAAGAUGCACAUGCGGUCCCCGCGUCUGCUCUUCCGCCUGGCGAAGGACGCGUUCAAGGUGUCCACGGAGGGGACGCGCGACAACCGCAUGCUCGCGGUCGGCUUCUUCCUGGGGCGCACGUCGGCUCAGAUGACCCUGCGAUCGGCGAACUGGAGACGGCAGGAAAUGGUGCGAUGGGUGGUCACCGCUGCCACGGAAGUCGGCAUGGAGGCGCUGGUGAACCUCAUGCAGAGCUGGCAGCAGUUCUUCACGCCCGUGGAGGCCACCACGAUCGUGGCGCCGGCCAUCACGUCGCACGGCCUGCGCUCGCACCAGCCGGGCCUGUGCCCCGAGUUCCCGCGGCACGCGGAGGAGCUGGCGGGGCUGGCCCGCGCGCUCGCCUUGGAGUGCGCGGUGCGCGACCCCGCCAACUGCGCCUACUCGGCGCUCACGCUGUGCGAGAGCGACCCCCGUGCCUUCGACGCCGCCUACCGCGUGGUGCUCGACUCGGCCGACAGCGGCGCCCUCGCCUGGCUGCAGCUCUUCACGGUGGCGCGCUUCAUGGACCACCGCGGCUACCCGCUGCGCGCCUACAAGCUGGCGGCGCUGGCGCUCGCCCGCCUCUCCAUCGCCCACAACCAGGACACGCACCCCGCCGUCAACGACGUGCUGUGGGCGUGCGCGCUCGCGCACUCGCUCGGCCGCAACGAGCUGGCCGCGAUCAUCCCGCUCGUCAUCAAGGGCGUCGAGUGCCCGACGGUCCUCGCCGACGUCCUACGCCGCUGCACCAUGGGCCCGCCCGGCAUCCUGAGCCGGCGCCCGGCGUGCCCGAGGGGGUCCUCGACCGCCGCGGCCGCCGCCGUGGCGGCGUCGAUGCCGCUCCCGGCGGAGCAACCGCCGCUGCGCCAGCUGUUGGAGACGACGCUGUCGGCGUACGUGCGCACGGCCCACUCGAGGCUGGCGCACAUCUCCCCGCGGCACUACGCCGAGUUCGUGGACUUCCUGUGCAAGGCGCGCGAGGCGUUCUCCCUGUCGCCCGACGGGCACGUGCAGUUCGGCCGCUUCCUCGAUGGCCUCAAGCAGACGUAUAAGGGCAAGAAGAAGCUGAUGCUGCUGGUGCGUGAGCGCUUUGGGUAGAAACUGUCGGGGGCUCCGGUCCUAGGGCCACGCGACCGCCGCCGCGUGCCAAUGCCGGACGUGGCUUGGGUACAAAAUGGCGAAAGACAAAAUAGGAUGAUGAUGAUUUUGGACGACGUCUUGUGAGAACCACGAGUUGAUAUAUAUAAAUAUAUAUGUGUGUGUUUGCGUGAAACCGCACACCAAUUGUAAUUUGAUGUGCAGGAGGCUGAACAUGUUUUUUUUAUUUGCACAGCGGAGAGUGAUCAUUGGUGAUGUUUUCUUCUGUUUAUACCCCCCCUCCCCACGAGCAAAGGUAAACAUGAGCUCCCCUGGUAUUGUUAUGGCUGCCCUGAUACGGAUCCUCUCGGCUAGAACUUUAAGAAAACCAGAGCAAGGCCACCUCUAAACUUAAAACGCUCUCCCCGAGUAGAAACCGCUUGUUAAAAGCGUGUGCCACGUCGCCCGCUGCAUUGUUCUUCGGAAUUGAAAUGGAGAUUUUGUGUGGGAUGAGCCAGAGAGAGCCGGGAAAACCUGCCUUAGUUCUGUCGCGAUGCAGGGCGCACGCUCCUCGCACCCGAGUGUGCAAAAACAAAAGCACCAGUGGCAAGCAUCAGUUUAAACAAACUGGGCAACGGCCGUGUCAUGAGUGGCCUGCUUCUCCGGGAGGAUCGUCCGUACUUCGUAGCCGCCGUGGCAUCUCUCGUUCCGCCCCCCCCCCCCCCCCCCCCCCCCCGCCUGUUCUCGUGCUGCAUUUUUCACGACCGGCGGAAUGCCAAGCCGUGCUGGAGAGGUUCUCGGAACGGUUCGGCGGCUCGAUCUUUAUCCCGCACGGCUCUGUGGGCUUGACCCCUCCCUCUUCAUCCCUCUCACGCUUCCCCUGCCCUUCCCCAGCCCUUCACAGCCGCACUGAAGUGAUUGUAAUUUUUUUUUUACAAGGCAUACACGUAUUCAGAUACUGUAUUAUUUUUCAUAAUUUACACAAAAAACAGUCCUAAAAUUUGACCUGAGAGAGGUCACUGAGCACUCGUGUCUUUCCCAAGUUGUGACCCUGCUUUUUCAUGCUGACCCCGUGACGUCACGACUGGCGAUGAAGGUGGCCUGGGGCAACACGGCGCAGCUCCAUUGGAAAACAUGCUUUGUUAAAACGAACAGCGCUGCCCGGUUAGCGCUGGCGUGGCCAGAUGAGGCUGCCGUGGGUAAUCUGGGCCGGGCCCACUAGCCCAGCACUCUUGCCACUGGUCGUGAGGACACGGGCAUGGGAAGGGACCAGAGGAUCGCCCCAGUCCCCCACUCACUGGGCGGUUGGCCUGCUCGCUGAAGCUUUCUGGCAGGAUGACGGAAUCGUCGAUUUUUUGAGCGAGUUGUGCCGGGUGCUGUGGUGUGCCCCGUGAGGUGGGAAAUCGCGCUCUCCUUCCCCGCAAACAACGAUGAACAAAGCUCCUAUGACUGUCGCCGCCUUCUCCUCAUCCAGUGCGGGUGCUUGGGUAUGUUUUUGCCAUUGCCUGUUUUUAGAAGACCACAGGUGUGACAUUUCUUGUCAAUCCUUAUUAAGAAAGCCUCGUGUACGCGUUUUUAUUGUUGUUCCCUCUGCUUCCGCAGUCAACCAAGGGUUGUUUCGUACUUUCUGUUCCGCAAACGUCACACACAAUCGUGCUUUCUUGGCGAGCCAUUUCCGCUCCGUGUAAACAGUCGUGAGGAGGAAUCUUUAAAAGUGAUGUGCUUCAUCCUCAGGGAUAUUUAUAGAUAACACGUUAUAUUCAAACGAGAGUGUUACCGUGUACAUACGAACGAUGCACAGCCACUAUAGACACCUAUUGCUGUAUAGUAUUAAUAUUAUUUAAUUUAUGCCGUGAACGGUGAGUCGUGAAUUUAUAUUGUUUUUUUUAAUUGUAAACAAUACUUGAAUUUGUAGUGAAUUAAGUUAUGGAUACAUGACAACCAGGAGAACGGAGGUGAGUGAAGUCCUUACUUCUGCCGGAGAGGACAAAGGUUAGGCGCUAUGCAGAACAGGCCCCAAUGCGUGCUUUUUGUAAACUUACGUUUGGCUUUCACAUUCUGUGCUUGUUAGAGGUAAUUUAGAGGGAUGAUGGAAGUAGGAACAUUUGCAGUGCUAGAGUACAAUUGGGGGGGGGGGGAUAUCUUCGUCGGUGCAUCCUAACGAGAAUCGUUUUUUUCCGGUCGGGGGGGGGGGGGGGUGGGGGGCUUGCGGCUGCGACUUCGCAAAGAGCAGCAGCACGGGAAGCGAAAACACCCAACGGAUUCUCACUCCUCACGUUCGUCCUGAUACCUCGAGCUGCCCAAAAUAGCUCCAUUUCCUCACGUAUUCCCCCCUUUUCCUUUAAGGACAACAAUCACCUUGAAAGUAAAAAAAAAUCCAAAACAUUUGUAAGUUUUUGCUGCCUUUUUUUGUAAACAUAUACCCGGUUGUAAAGUUUGUGUGUGGAAAAAAAAGUAUUUAUUUUAUUGUCUGUUUUGAAAGCAGUAUUUGGUUUUAGUUCGCGUGGCCGGUUGUAUAAUUGAGCCGGCUCGAAUUAUUUGGUAACGUUGGGUCCACGCGAUAUGAAACUGGCUCUGUUGGAAGCUUUGCGUCAGGGGCCUGCAAUUCUGUGUGAGGCCGAGCCCGGCAGGUGACAUUGAUAGCACCAGAUGCGUCAUUGUCCGCUUGGCCGUCGGCCCCCAUUACAAACGGGAAGCGCCUCCAGGUCCGGGUGGCUCGCUGCAAAACGGGUUCCACCACGGGCUUGAGUGUGAUUGAGAGCAGUGUUCAUCUCGCCGGCAUUUUAGUCUUAGUCUGGUCGAAGGCAACCUGUGGAAUUAUAGUCGAGCCUUCGUAUAAGGAUUUAAUUUAGUAAUGAAACAACAAAAACGCUGACAAUGAAAUCUACAAAGAUGUGACGUUCUCAAUCAACACUAAUGAAGACCAAGGUCUGCGUGUCCCAAAGUGGUUUCUGAUGUCGCCCCCGCAGUUCCUCGGUGCCCUAUCCUGUCUGCGACCGAUCACAGGUUUUGGUGGCCCAUCUGACGAAACGGGUUGCGUUGUGGCAGCAGUUAAUGGGGUACCAACCCUGCUUCGUGAUGCUGCGGGGCUCUUCGAGAGGCCUGACGUUGCCACGUCAUAGCACCCGUCGGCGAUUGGGCUGCAAGUUCCCUCUGCACGGGCCUGAACCCCCCCUUUCUGUGUAACACGAGCCAGCGUUGAGCUGGUUCUGGGAUGGAGGCCUUGGUUUCACAGCCGCAGCAAGCGGCCGCAGCUGUAAGUGGGGUGGAGUAACCAAACCUCACAGGAGUCGGCCCCUGUGCUCUCUCCUGCCAUUUCCCACCAUCGCCACACUCGUGGUGCUCUAAGCGCUAUUAGGCCUGUAGCGCUGUUAGGACUAAUAGCUUCUUGAACCCUUUUUUUCCAUUGGCACAUCCGAGCCCAGGCAGCGCAGGCCCCUCAAGGUUUACGGGUGGGUUUCCACUCGAUAUUAGCCGAGCCAAACCAAACCAUAAUAUUUUGUCCUCACAAGACAUUUGAAUCUGGCUCAGGACUUAAGCAGGGUCCGGGCUUGGGCUAAAGAUGCGUUAAGUACGCGUGACAUCAGCGGCAACGGCUCUGCUUUAGCAGCUUACAACAACACGGCCACCUCCUGCACCACGCCGUGUUGGCUCUGCACGGCUCAGUUGUACAGUGAAAAAUAAGUAGUCUCUUUAUGUUGGGGUGGGGGAGGGAGAGUGAUUUGUUUUCUGGAAAGUAUGGCCCUUGCUUUGUCCGCCUCACUUUCACUCGUUGCCUCGGCCACAUUGGCCAAGCGCGCAGGGCCUUUUAGUGACCACACAGGACUGCUGUGUAGUGUACAGCUCAUACAGCUCAAACCUUGCAGCCGUGUGUCCACUUACUAGAUAGCGUUCAUGUCUUUUUGCUACCACGCAAUUAUUCGGUUGGUUAAAGCUGUACAUAGGCAAAUAUUUUAUAUCUGGGACACCACUCAUUUAUUUAAUAAAAUGUUAUGUUUUGA